UCGGGGCCCGGCCGCGGGCCUCGAGCCCCGCCGCUCAGCCGCGGCCAGGGGUUCCGGGCGGCACUCGCUGCCGCGGCCCGAGCGGCGGGGCGGCGGCAACGAAGCUGCGGCCCCGUAUCCCUCCGCCGCUCCUCCUCCGCCCGGCCCCGGCCCCGGCCCCCCUCCCUCCGGGCUGCGCUCGCCACCCUCCGCCUCAGACUGUUUUGGUAGCAACGGCAACGGCGGCGGCGGCGCGUCCCGGCCCGGCUCCCGGCAGCUCCUCGGCUUCGGCGGGCCCCCCCGCCCCUUCGUCGUGCUCCUGCUCCCCGUCGCGGGCCCGGGCGCCCCCCCGGCCGCGCCAGCCCGCGCCUCCCCGUUCGGCGCCCGCGCGUCCCCGCCGCGCUCCGGCGUCUCCUCGGCGCGCCCGGCUCCCGGCUGUCCCCGCCCGGCGUGCGGGCCGGUGUAUGGGCCCCGCACCAUGUCGCUGAAGCCCCAGCAGCAGCAGCAGCAGCAGCCGCCGUCCGCGGCCGCCAGCACCCGCAAACCCGGCGGCGGCGGCGGCCUCCUCACGUCGCCCUCCGCCCCGCCGCCCUCGCCCUCGCCCUCGGUCUCGUCCUCGGCCCCGGCUUCCUCCUCCUCCUCCUCCUCGGCAGCGGCGGCGGCGGCGAGCGCCGGCAGCGGGCGGCCCGGCCUGGGCAGAGGUCGAAACAAUAACAAGGGACUGCCUCAGUCUACGAUUUCUUUUGAUGGAAUCUAUGCCAAUAUGAGGAUGGUUCAUAUACUUACAUCAGUUGUUGGAUCCAAAUGUGAAGUACAAGUGAAAAACGGAGGUAUAUAUGAAGGAGUUUUUAAAACAUACAGUCCUAAGUGUGAUUUGGUCCUUGAUGCUGCACAUGAGAAAAGUACAGAAUCCAGUUCAGGGCCAAAACGUGAAGAAAUAAUGGAGAGUAUUUUGUUUAAGUGUUCAGACUUCGUUGUGGUACAGUUUAAAGAUAUGGACUCCAGUUACGCAAGAAGAGUUGCUUCAGAAACAGAUGCUUUUACUGACUCAGCUAUCAGCGCUAAAGUGAACGGGGAGCACAAAGAGAAGGACCUGGAGCCCUGGGACGCAGGGGAGCUCACUGCCAGUGAGGAGCUAGAAGCUUUGGAAAACGAUGUCUCUAAUGGAUGGGAUCCCAAUGAUAUGUUUCGAUAUAAUGAAGAAAAUUAUGGUGUAGUAUCUACAUAUGAUAGCAGUUUAUCUUCAUAUACGGUGCCCUUAGAAAGGGAUAAUUCAGAAGAAUUUUUAAAACGAGAAGCAAGAGCAAACCAAUUAGCAGAAGAAAUUGAAUCAAGUGCCCAGUACAAAGCCCGGGUAGCCCUGGAAAAUGAUGAUAGGAGCGAAGAAGAAAAAUACACAGCAGUUCAGAGAAAUUCCAGUGAACGUGAGGGUCACGGCAUAAACACUAGGGAAAAUAAAUAUAUUCCUCCUGGACAAAGAAAUAGAGAAGUCAUGUCCUGGGGAAGUGGGCGGCAGAAUUCACCGCGAAUGGGCCAGCCGGGAUCGGGCUCCAUGGCAUCGAGAUCCGCUUCCCACACGUCAGAUUUCAACCCGAAUUCUGGUUCAGACCAAAGAGUAGUUAAUGGAGUUUUUAUACUUUCCUUCAUAUCAUUUGUUCUGUCAGGUGUUCCCUGGCCAUCGCCUUGCCCAUCUCCUUCCUCUCGCCCACCUUCUCGCUACCAGUCAGGUCCCAACUCUCUUCCACCUCGGGCAGCCACCCCUACACGGCCGCCCUCCAGGCCCCCCUCGCGGCCAUCCAGACCCCCGUCUCACCCCUCUGCUCAUGGUUCUCCAGCUCCUGUCUCUACUAUGCCUAAACGCAUGUCUUCAGAAGGGCCUCCAAGGAUGUCCCCCAAGGCCCAGCGUCACCCUCGAAAUCAUAGAGUUUCUGCUGGAAGGGGUUCCAUUUCCAGUGGACUAGAAUUUGUAUCCCAUACUCCACCGAGUGAAGCAGUGGUUCCUCCGGCAGCAAGGACCAGUCCAGCGGGGGGCACGUGGUCAUCUGUGGUCAGCGGGGUUCCAAGAUUAUCCCCCAAAACUCACAGACCCAGGUCUCCCAGACAGAACAGUAUUGGAAAUACUCCUAGUGGACCCGUUCUUGCUUCUCCCCAAGCUGGUGUUAUUCCCACAGAAGCUGUUGCUAUGCCUGUUCCAGCUGCAUCUCCCACGCCUGCCAGUCCUGCAUCUAACAGAGCUGUCACCCCAUCUAUUGAGGCUAAGGAUUCCAGGCUUCAAGAUCAGAGGCAGAACUCUCCUGCAGGGAAUAAAGAAAACAUGAAGCCCAAUGAGACAUCACCCAGCUUCUCAAAAGUUGAAAAUAAAGGUAUAUCACCAGUUGUUUCCGAGCAUAGAAAACAGAUUGAUGACUUAAAGAAAUUUAAGAAUGAUUUUAGGUUACAGCCAAGUUCUACUUCUGAAUCUGUGGAUCAACUGCUAAACAAAAAUAGAGAGGGAGAAAAAUCAAGAGAUUUGAUCAAAGACAAAAUUGAACCAAAUGCUAAGGAUUCUUUCCUUGAAAAUAGCAGCAACUGCACCAGUUGCAGCAGCAAGCCGAGCAGCCCCAGCAUUUCCCCCUCCAUCCUCAGUAAUGCGGAGCAUAGGAGGGGGCCUGAGGUCACUUCCCAAGGAGUUCAGACUUCCAGUCCUGGAUGCAAACAAGAGAAAGAUGAUAAAGAGGAGAAAAAAGAUGCAGCUGAGCAAGUGAGGAAAUCAACAUUGAAUCCCAAUGCAAAGGAAUUCAACCCUCGUUCUUUUUCUCAGCCAAAGCCUUCUACCACCCCAACUUCGCCUCGUCCUCAAGCACAACCUAGCCCAUCCAUGGUGGGCCAUCAGCAGCCAACUCCGGUGUAUACUCAGCCUGUGUGUUUUGCACCAAAUAUGAUGUAUCCAGUCCCAGUGAGCCCAGGCGUGCAACCUUUAUACCCUAUACCUAUGACACCCAUGCCAGUGAAUCAAGCCAAGACAUAUAGAGCAGGUAAAGUACCAAACCUGCCCCAGCAACGGCAGGACCAGCACCAUCAGAGCACCAUGAUGCACCCCGCCUCCGCGGCAGGCCCGCCCAUCGUGGCCACCCCCCCAGCGUAUUCCGCACAGUACGUCGCCUACAGUCCUCAGCAGUUUCCAAAUCAGCCUCUUGUUCAGCACGUGCCCCAUUAUCAGUCUCAGCAUCCUCAUGUCUACAGUCCUGUAAUACAGGGCAGUGCCAGGAUGAUGGCGCCAGCAGCACACGCCCAGCCCGGCCUCGUGUCAUCCUCGCCUGCUCAGUACGGGGCUCACGAGCAGACACAUGCGAUGUAUGCAUGUCCCAAAUUACCAUACAACAAGGAGACAAGCCCUUCUUUCUACUUUGCCAUUUCCACUGGCUCCCUUGCUCAGCAGUAUGCGCACCCCAAUGCUACCCUGCACCCACAUACUCCACAUCCUCAGCCUUCAGCCACCCCCACUGGACAGCAGCAAAGCCAGCAUGGUGGAAGUCACCCUGCACCCAGUCCCGUCCAGCACCAUCAGCACCAGGCCACCCAGGCUCUCCACCUGGCGGGUCCGCAGCAGCAAUCUGCCAUCUACCACGCGGGCCUCGCGCCCACCCCGCCCGCCAUGACGCCUGCUUCCAACACGCAGUCGCCACAGAACAGCUUCCCGGCAGCGCAGCAGACGGUCUUCACAAUCCACCCCUCUCACGUCCAGCCGGCGUUCACCAACCCGCCCCACAUGGCCCACGUACCUCAGUUCUGGUUCAAAGUAUCUCUAGAAAAAGACAAGACUGAGAUAUUCUCUUUGGUGGAUAGAGGUCUGCUUCAGAAGGAGGAAGGCUGGCCAGUUGGGCAGCAUUGAUACUCCACAUCCUCAGCCUGACGCUGAUCCUAAGUGAUCAGAGGCAGAAGAUUUAUGCCAGAUAAAGCCAUAUGGAUUGCUGGUCUAAAAUUCAAGGCAGGUUAGUUGACUUAAUUCUUUGGUGCUGGUGCCUGUUAGUUUGUAAAAGUUCGUUAAAGUCAGAUUCAGGAGGCGAUGGCGCUGAGAGCAGUCCCCUGGCUGUUGUCUGUUGGAGAGAACUGCAGCGUCGCGGUACUUACUGUCCCUUUGGCACUCGCAGCCGGGCUUUCCGCGAGGUGCCGGCUCGGCCUCUGAGGCCAGCGGUGGUCACAGCAGGACUGAAGGAGGGUGGCAUGUGUGCCAUCCUGUGGGCCAGCUACAGCCAGCAGGGCCUCUGAGAGGGCAGCGGCCCGGGGACCAGCUCCUCCAGCUCCACCUGCUCUAGCAGAAAGGAGGCCUGGCUGAGGCCACUCCUUCCCAGCUGUGGCAGGGCUUCCUGUCUCGAUGUACAAUAUUUGAGGUGUCCUGUAACGCGGACACGCUUGGGAAGGAGCUGUUGUCCUUGAACCUUUGUACGGGAGCAGCCUGGAGGCGGUGACUUCAGCUCUUAGAAUCUGAGCUGGGACUUGGCAGCCAGUGGGUCAGAGCUGAGCCUAUUGCUGCCUCUUGGUACUACCUGAGACGUCUAUGCCCCUGGCGUGAAGAGGUCAUAGCCCAGAUGUGGAGGGAGGGGGUGUGUGCGUGGUUCCUUGUCUAUUUUGCCCUUUUUCUGCACCAGUGACUGUCAGCGUGGACUUUCUGUGAUGAGCUUUAUCUUUUAAGAGACAUUCAAAAUAGUGUGUGCUCCUCUGGUUCACGCUUUGCUUAGCGAAACCUGCUUGGUGUGUAGAAAAUAAGAGUCCUUAGAAAUGGACCGAAAUCUGGAUCGGGAUCGGAUCUGCUUUACAACCUGUGGGAACACCCAGGAGUGUUUUAAGUAAAAGUGAAGAGGUGGUUAGUUGAUGCCCUGCUCCCCCCCA